AUGGUGAAACGAGCAGUUCCUACCAAUCGCAGAGCUAUCUUGCUCGCGGUGUUCAUCGCCUUUGGCUUUUUGUUUGGCUACGACAUUGGUGUUAUAUCAGGAUGUCUCAUUAUGCCUGACUUCAUCGAUCGCUUUGGAGAAACGCAGGGUGACGGGACAAAGAUAUUGACGCCAUCUCGCCAGUCGAUCAUAACGUCACUACUUUCGGCAGGCGGUGCUAUAGGCCAGGCGUUCACUUCCGAUCGUUUUGGACGCCGUGGUUCUAUUCUUAUAUGGUCUGCCAUCUUCACCAUCGGUGUUGCCAUUCAGACUGGUACAGAGUUCUCCAUUGUACAAAUAACAAUCGGGAGAUUCAUAGCUGGUCUCGGCGUGGGGGCGAUGAGCGCUAUCGUCCCGUUGUAUAAUGGUGAGACGGCGCCCAAAGCCCUCCGCGGGACACUCCUCGUUCUAUACCAGCUACAAAUCAUUAUGGGUAUUUUCGUGAGCUACAUUUUGGACCUCGCGACACACGCAGUACCCAACUCAGCAUCAUGGAGGGUACCGGUUGGGCUCCAGCUACUCUGGGGCCUUAUUCUUCUGUCAGGGAUAUUCUUCCUGCCUGAGUCACCUCGGCACUUAUUGGGUAACGACCGCGAAGACGAAGCUCGCAAAGUUAUUGCAGAGCUCAACAGCGUUCCCGAGGACGAUCCCCUCGUCGCAGAGGUCAUCGAGGAGUUGGAGUUUGGCAUCAAAGCCGAGAACGAGGGCGGCAAAGCCACUUGGCUCGAAUGCUUCUCCACGCGAAAUGCCUUGUGGAAGCGUACAGGAAACGGUAUGAUGUUGCAGUUCAUUCAACAAUUGAACGGCCAGAACUUCUACUAUUACUACGGCGAUACUUUCUUCCGGAGUGCGGGAACGCGGUUGAGCCCUUACGUCAUUCAGGUUAUCCUGGGUGCAGUCUCAGUGGUAGGAACGGUACCAGCCUUGUACUUGAUCGAGACCUGGGGACGCAGAAGAUCCCUCUUGACUGGAUCUCUCCUCGAAGCUGCUUGCUCCAUUAUCGCUGGCUUGGUUGGUCACUUCACGUUGGCCCCACCCGGCACACCUCGAGAACAACUCACGAGCCGUAACAUCCAAGGCGGUGAUACCAUGAUUGCAUUUGCUGUUCUACAUGUGUUCUCGUUCUCCAUGUUCUGGGGUCCCACGCCAUGGGUUUACCUCGGUGAAUCAUUCCCUCUCCGUGUUCGCGCAAAGUCUAUCGCGUUGGGAAGUGCGACCAACUGGCUAUGGAAUUUCCUUCUCAGCUUCUUCGCACCUCGCAUUGCCAAUGACAUUGGACCGUUGAUUCUAAUGAUAUUCUUUGGCAUGCUUGUCUUUGGCUACGUAUACGUAUGGUUAUUUAUCCCAGAAACGAAAGGCCUGAGCUUAGAAGAGGUUGACGAGCUCUACCGCGCUGGCAUCAAGCCAUGGCGUUCGGCCGGCUGGAGGCCUCAUCUGGCAGAAAAGUUCCACGAAAAGAGAGACGCCGCAGAUGUUCGUGAGAACGACGAAGAGAAGGCUGACAGCGACUGA